ACGCGCAGUGAGCGCGCACUGCAGAGAGCGGCCGCUGACGGACUGCUGCUGGUGCUGCUGAGAUGACGGCCAGCCGACGCGACCUCCACCUCGCCUCGCGCUGAACGACCGACGGACGGACGGACGGCCAGAUGGAGGACGAGCGCAAGCAGCACAAGUUCAUCUCGUUCCUGUUCUACCAGGCGGUGCGCGACCUGAAGCCUGUGUGGAUGCUGGAGGACAUGCGCACCAUGGAGACCUUCUACUGGGAGGAGGACGCCAAGCAGAGGACCUACAGCCCGUCCGAGGCGCUGCUCUACGCGAUCGUGCACGACCACCGGCCGUACGCGCAGUACCUGCUCAGCCGAUUCUCGGACGAGGCGCUGGAGAUGCCGGGAGAGCGCUUCUGCUGCUGCCCGUCCUCAGCGCCGCACCUGGCCAUGGCCGUGCGUUACGACCGGCGCGACAUCCUGGCGCACAUCCUGCAGGUGGCGCAUCGGCUGCCCGGCCUGCGCUCCUAUAUGAACCGCGGCGGCUGCUUCCACCUGGAGGAUGGCAAGACCCCUCUCCACCUGGCCUGCGAGCUGCUGCGCGCGGACGCAGUCAUGCUGCUGCUAGGCAACGGCGCGUCGCCGCAGGCCGAAGACCACAACGGCAUGACGCCGCUGGACGUGGUGCUGCAGCAGCUGCGGGACUCGAAGGCGAACGUCGGCGCCAAGAAGUCGUGCCUGGAGAACCUGCUGAUGUUCAUGCCGGAGAUGCGCUUCAAGAUGAAGAGCUCGCUGCAGAAGGAGCGCCAGUGCUGGAGCAAGGUGCUCGGAGAGGACAAGCUCAACUACCUCAUCGGCCGCGAGCCCGCGCCGCUCUUCCUCAUCGCGAUGCGCCGGAUCCUCGCGCAGCUGCCGCCCGAGCAGUUCCCGAGCAGCCUGGACAAACUGCCCAUCCCGGCCGCGCUCAAGCCGAGAGCGCACCGCGGCCGCCUGUCGGUGGCGUAGAGCCGCGCGCGUCUGCCUGUUUGUUUGUGUGCGCGAGCCUGUGGCGUGACGUGUGCGACGGACGAACGAAAGCGUCGCGGUCACGAGCGCACGUCAGCGAUACCGUCUUCCUGUCUGUUGUCUUCUCGUCUCCUCAGUUUCAGACUCUGUCGUGUAUAUAUGAAUUAUUGAUCAGCAUCAGGUCAUGAACGCGCAGCUUUAAUACGCGACACAAAUAUGCAAAGCGUGCUGUAUUCAUGAGCUGAGCAGGACACCUCAUCAAGACCAGGAGCUGGACUCAUGAAAGCAUCAUGGUGUGUGUGUGUGUGCGUGUGUGUGUGUGUGUGUGUGUGUGUGUGUGCGUGUUUGUGACCCAGAACACAUCUUCUGUCUUCAUUGAAAGUGUUUUUACUCCACAUCUCUGUGACAGAUUCCCUCAUUCAGCAGAAAUCAGUGAUCCAUCCCACAUGACUAUAUACUACAGUGAACACUACAGUGCUUAUGGUUACACAGCAACUAUAGUCAUAGAAACAAAUGACCCAACACUGAAGUUUUCUACAGCUAUAGGGUAUAUUGCAUUACAAUCAAACCCCACAGUUUACUAUAGUAAAGACUAAAGUACACUACAGCGUUUACUACAGUUGAUCAGUUCACUGUACUGCAGUAUGCUGGAGCACUCACCAACAAAGAGUUGUAAAUACUGUAAUAUAUACAGUAACACACUUCACUACAGUAUGAUGACAGAACAGUGGUAUUUACUAUAGUAUUGUUUCAUGCUGGAUGAGGAUGAAUCAGCUGAACAAUCAUUUAUUAUGUUCUUGUGCCAAAUUUAAGGCUCAUUCAGAGCAUCAUGCUGACAUUGGGCACUCUCAGAAUAAAGGUACACGAUGGUGCAAAUAAUCUGCCUUGAGGAUCAGUUCUGUCCCUGAUGAAGGCACAGUAUUGUAUCUGCAGGUAUAUUUUGGUUUCCCAUGGUUCAUAUCAUGUCCUUAAAGGUACAAACUGCAAUGGUACACAUUCGUUUCUUUGCCUUAAGAUACAAUUCUGCCCAUAAUAAGGUACCGCCCCAGUGACAAGGGUUUGCACCUGCUUUGGUACAACACUGUACCAGUUUUCUCUGAGAGUGUGUAUAAUGAACAGUAAUGUAUUAAAGGGACCGUUCACAAAACAAGAUAUACUGAAGAACAAAUCAGCUGUUGACUCCAGAGCAGGAAUAAUAAACACUACAGAAGUCAAUGGCUGCGUUCUCCAACAUUCUUCAGAAUAUCUUCAGCUGUGUUCAGCAGAACUCACCCAGGUCUGGAAGAUGAUGAGACUUCACAUUUCUGGCUGAGCUGUGCCUUUAGGUGACACAAUCUUCACUAUAUUCAUUUACAACCUCCCAUAAUUGACUAAUGUUGUGAAGUUUGGCUCUGGAGAAAACAAGAUGAAGAUAAUCAGAGUCCAGACGGUCCAGAUCGACCAGCCAAACCCGUGUCUGACAGCAGAGCCUGAGGCAGAGGUGGCUCAUUCCACAAUUAUAAUCCACACAGUUCAUGAUGAAACUAUACCGCACAUAUUAGAGCGGUGUGGACAGAUGUUCUACAGCAAGCUCUUCUGGACAGCUGAAACAAACACUGGAAGAGAUGAUAAUGAGAAAUGAUCAUCCUUGACAUUAUAAUUCUGAUCAGUAUUGACCCUGCUGAUUCCUGAGACGGGACUGAACAGCUCUGCCAACUAUUGACUGCUGUUUGGUGUAUAAAUAACUCAGUCAUCAUUUCAAUAUGACCCAUUAUGAGGAAUCAACAACACAACUGUCCUCUUCAACUGAACUGACAGUGGUCCACAGUGAGGGUCCCGUCCUUCAUAUGCAAUCAAACUGAUAGGAGGAUUAUUGGACUUAUUAAAUGAUCUUGAUUUAUGAAAUGCAA